AUGGCAAAUAAUCAAAACACUAGACCUGUUGGAGCUCUCCCAAGCGAUAUAGAGAAAAAUCCUCAAGUCAUUGCAGUUACUUUGAGAAAUGGGAGAGGAUUGGUAGAACUACCUAAGAAUAAGAAGGAUCCAUCUGGGCUCGAAAAGGAAAGAGUUCUAAAACCCGCGGAGGUGGAUGAGAAAAACAUAGCCAAAUCUGAGCAUGUAGCAAAAAGGGAACCACCCCCUUUUCCUCAAAGAUUGAGAAAGAAGAAUAAUGACCACAUGUUUCACAAAUUUCUAGAUAUGCUGAAGCAGAUACAUUUGAAAAUCCCUUUGGUGGACAUGAUUCAUGAUGACCCAAAAUAUUGUAAAUAUAUCAAGGACAUAGUGGCAAAUAAAAGGAGGUUAACUAAGUUUGAAACUGUCCCACUCACUGAGAAGUGCACUUUCAGGAUUCAACACAAGCUUCAACAAAAGCUUAAGGAUCCGGGUAGUUUUACCAUCCCCGUGAGGAUUUGUGAGAUUGAUGUGGAUAGAUAUUUGUGUUAUUUGGGUGCAAGUAUAAAUUUGAUGACAUUAUUAGUGUUCAAACAAUUAGGUUUUGGAGCUUUGCGACUCACCACCGUGAUGCUAUAG